AUGGCAGCCCACCUCUGCUGCACACACCCCCGCCAACUCGAAUCGCCCACCCCGCCCUACCGCCCACCACCCGGCAUCGACGAAACCAUCUUCGCCGUCGCGAGUUUACCGUCCGAUCACCCCCAUGCUUUGAGAUUCUUACCGAGACGACGGCAUUCGGAGGUCACGAGGGUGGGGGGUGGGAUUUUGAGGAGUCCGAGGUUGGUGGAUAAGGUGCGGAUGAGGUUGGGGAGGAGGAGUCGGGGGGUGUUGAGGGAGGGGUUUGAUGGGGUUGAUGAGGAGGUGGUGGAUAUGCAGGAAGGAGAGCUUUUGGGGAGUCUGCCGAGGAGUGGGAGGUAUGAUGAGGAUGCGAGGGUUUUGGGGAGUGUGGAGGUUUUGGAGGGGGGACCUGGUGAAGACGUAUCGGAGUCGAGACCUCUGCGAAAGACGAGAUCUGCUUACCCGCUCAUUGGACAGGCCAUCACAACGACUGAUGGAGAGUCGCUGUCGCCGCUCGCUGUUGCCAGCCCGAAGAUGAGGGCGAGAGGGAAGAGCAAUUCGAGCUUCAGUAUUGGAGCGUUGUUGUCGCGAGCUGGUGCUGGAGCGAGUAGGGGUGGAUCUGGAGAUGAGAACACUGAUCCAUCUGCAAGAGUGUCAAAUGGUGAUGCGAGUGGGCAGUACGGUCAAGACGGGCUACCACGAAGCCAAAGCUCUCAUCUUGACCCGGUCGCCAUCAGACGAGCGAUUGAGUGUACUUCAGCCAUGUCGGCUGACUCUGGAGCCGACCAUCCUGAUAUACAAGGCUACUUAGAUGCUCACCCAUGGAACAUCUCUCGAAGCCCAACACCGCCGUUACCCACGGGUUCAACGAGGAGAGCUGAGGGGUACAGUCCGUCAGUCUACACCAGACCUGGCACCAGUGCAGAAGACGCACCAUUUUCCAACAUACCCAACGAUCUCAACGCUACUGUCUGCGCCGAAUGGCCAUUGAAGGCGCAUGAUGAUCAAGCAGAUACCUCGAAGCAGUCGAAUACACCACGGCUCUCGGCCCAGUCGUUGCAGAAUAAGCCUUUGCCGCCAACUCCAGUCGCCGAGACGACUACCACCGCAUCAUCAUCUACUUCACCCGUCAAGUCACCACCGAGGAAGACGGUCAAGAAGCGUCGCUCGAUCUUCAGGUUCUUGCGGCCCGGGAGUCGACGACAACAGUUCCGCAGUAUUUCUUCGCCGAUGCUGUUGACGAGACCGUCGACUAGUCGGUCUGGAGCGUACGAUGGGCCUGGUGAUGAGAGGGAUCGGAGGGAUACGCUUACAGUUCAGUAUGAGUUGACGGAGAAUCCGAUGCAUCGACGAUCCUUCACUGCGACGAACACGCCCCAGGAGCGACGACCAACCCUCGUAGAAUACGAGCGUAACCUCACCUUCGGCGGAGAUAAUCGUCGACGGCCAUCCGUCAUCACACCAUCAGCCGUCAGCGCUCCAAACUUGCAGAAGCUGCACGACAUAUCUGAGGACGAGGUCGAAGAGGAGAAAUCAAGUCGUCUCCGCCGCAAGCUCAGUCGUGCUCACGCGCUUGACGAAGCUGGCAAGACACUCAUGGGCCAGGCUUUAAAGAAGCAUCAGCAGGAAAAGGCCAUGUUCCGGUCUGAGAGCAAGCGUCGUGAGAGUCUGGCUCAGCAUAAUAUCUCUUUACCGAUAUUCACCUCUUCGUUUGGUCCAGCUGCUGGGAGCAGUCUUCCUCCGCCAAGUAUUCGGGAACACAACGAACUGCUCGAUCCUCUUGAUCAGACUGGAUUGAAGCCGAGUGAGAGUGCCACCACGCUGCUGGAACUUCCACAAGCAGGUGGCUCGACGCCGAUGAGGAAGCCAAGUGUGGUCACCACCUUCGACGAAAGUCCACGUGGACAACGCAAAGCAGCCACCACCAGCAGUACGUCCCCUUCCAAGCGCCAGCCAUCAUCGACAUCACCAAGAAUCGGCACCAGCCUCGCAUCAUGGUCCAAGUUCCCAUCUCACACUCGGAUUGAACGCUGCAGCUCUGCAGGACGAAUCGACAAUGUCAUCACACGAGACUUCGCCAACGUCGAUCCCUCCACCGCACCCAUAUCACCACUCAGCAAAUCCUCCACCACGCGCGGCAGCCGCAAGUCGAACCGCUCUUUGAUCAGAUCACCUUCCCGCGCCUUCAGCAAUCUCGUGCAGUACUACAAAGACAUGCUCUCCCGGGGUGAAGGCUUCCGCGGCGCGAAUCGUCGGACAUCCGUAUCAGCAAACACAGGCAGCGUCGCACACCCGGAACUCGAAAUGGUCUCUCCCAUGCCCGGCGCCGAAGCCCAUCACCACCAUAUGAACCACGCGCAUCUUCACGAGCUGGAGGAGCAUCUCGAACGCAGCAUCGCAGAACAUAUCCACCACCCACAACCAUCUCCCCCCAAGAUCGCAAUGGACAAAGGCAAAGCCCCAGCAAACGACCUCUUCCGCCAGGAGACCUUCCACCUCCGCGCCCACAGCGACAGCCCAACACCGCCGGACGAAGACGAAGAAGGCCCCGGCCCCCUCGAUGGCGCAACUGAGUGGUCCCGCCAAAACCAACAAUCCUGCCUGCAGCAACGUCCACGCUCGAGCGCUUCGUCCUCCGCGGUGUCGAGUGUGAGGAUCAGGAAGUUCCCCUCGGUGACGGUGCUGGAUGAUUGGAAGGGGCAUCGGGCGAGUGUGAGCUUGUUGAGUCGGUGUGAUGGGCAGAGGGUGGGGAGUUUGGGUGGAGGGUUGGAGAGGGGGAGUACGAGGGAUUUGUUGGAGGAGUUGGUGAGGAGGGAGAGGGAGGAACGGGAGAGGGCGUUGGGGUUGGGGUUUGCGGGGGAGGUGCGGAGGGGGGUUGUUGUUGGAUGA